CCGCUUCCACUCAGCUCCGAGCUCGGCCCCUCCCUCCCCUCCCGCCCGCCCCGCCGCAGCCACCGCCGCCGAGCUCGGCCCAGUCGCGCUGCGAGAGGCCGCCCCGAGCCGAGCGCCGCCGCCCGCCACCCCGCACGGCACUGUGACUGAUGAGAAUUAAAGGCCAUGGAUGAAGAUGGACUUGAACUGCAGCCACAUGAGCCAAACGCGUUUUUUGACCCAACAGGGUCUGAUGCAGCACAUAUGGAUGGAGAUCAGAUUGUUGUGGAAGUGCAAGAAACAGUAUUUGUUUCAGAUGUGGUGGACUCAGACAUAACUGUGCAUAACUUUGUUCCUGACGAUCCAGAUUCUGUAGUCAUCCAAGAUGUCAUUGAGGAUGUUGUUAUUGAGGAUGUUCAGUGUUCAGAUAUCAUGGAGGAGGCAGAUGUGUCUGAAACUGUCAUUAUUCCUGAACAAGUGCUGGGCACAGAGGUAGCAGAUGAAGUUUCUUUAGCACACUGCACUGUUCCAGAUGAUGUUUUAGCUUCUGACAUAGCAGCAGCAGCAUUGUCUAUACCAGAACAUGUACUGGCAAGUGAAUCAAUGCAUGUACCUGAAGUUGGGCAUGUGGAACAUGUGGUUCAUGAUAAUGUUGUAGAAGCAGAAAUUGUCACCGAUAGUCUGGGAGAAGAUGUAGUUUCUGAAGAAGUGUUGGUAGCAGACUGUGCCUCAGAAGCAGUGAUUGAUGCCAAUGGAAUCCCUGUGCAGCACCAAGAUGAUAAGGGCAACUGUGAAGAUUACCUUAUGAUUUCCUGCUGUCUUCAUCAACAACCUGGGAGUAAAGAGCUAUUUUCUCUUGAGGAGAUUCUUAAAGUGGAUGAUACUGGAAAGAUAGAACAUGAAGGUUCUGCUGAAAUUACCAUGGAAGCAGAGUCAGAAAGUGAUCCGUGUAAAGUGGACAGCAUUUGUCCAGAAGUCAUCAAAGUAUAUAUCUUCAAAGCUGAUCCUGGAGAAGAUGAUUUAGGAGGCACGGUAGACAUUGUGGAGAGUGAAUCUGAGAAUGAUCAUGGAGUGGGACUACUUGAUCAAAACAGUGUUCGUAUUCCAAGAGAAAAAAUGGUUUACAUGACUGUAAAUGAUUCUCAGCAUGAAGAUGAAGAUUUAAAUGUUGCAGAAAUUGCUGAUGAGGUUUACAUGGAAGUGAUUGUAGGGGAGGAAGAUGCAGCAGUGGCCCAUGAACAGCAAAUUGAUGACACUGAAAUUAAAACUUUUAUGCCCAUAGCUUGGGCAGCAGCUUAUGGUAAUAAUACUGAUGGGAUUGAAAGCCGGAAUGGCACCGCAAGUGCUCUCUUGCACAUAGAUGAGUCUACUGGACUUGGGAGACUAGCUAAACAAAAACCAAAGAAAAGGAGGAGACCUGAAUCCAGGCAGUACCAAACAGCAAUAAUCAUUGGCCCUGAUGGUCAUCCUUUGACUGUCUACCCUUGCAUGAUUUGCGGAAAGAAGUUUAAAUCCAGAGGUUUCUUGAAAAGGCACAUGAAAAACCAUCCAGAGCACCUUCUUACGAAGAAGAAAUACAGAUGCACGGACUGUGAUUACACUACCAAUAAAAAAAUAAGUUUACAUAACCACCUGGAGAGUCACAAGCUGACUAACAAAACAGAAAAGCUUAUUGAAUGUGAUGAGUGUGGGAAAAGCUUCUCUCAUGCAGGAGCUUUAUUUACUCACAAGAUGGUGCAUAGGGACAAAGGAGCCAACAAAAUGCAUAAGUGCAAAUUCUGUGAUUAUGAGACAGCAGAACAAGGGUUACUGAGUCGUCAUCUUCUGGCUGUCCACAGCAAGAACUUUCCUCAUAUUUGUGUAGAGUGUGGCAAGGGAUUUCGUCAUCCAUCAGAGCUCAAGAAGCACAUGCGGAUCCAUACUGGUGAAAAGCCAUAUGAGUGCCAGUAUUGUGAUUAUAGGUCUGCUGACUCUUCUAAUUUGAAAACUCAUGUAAAGACUAAACAUAGUAAGGAAAUGCCAUUCAAGUGUGAUAUUUGUUUUCAGACUUUUUCAGAUACCAAAGAACUGCAGCAGCAUAUACUUAUACAUCAAGAAAGCAAAACACAUCAGUGUUUGCAUUGUGACCACAAGAGCUCAAACUCAAGUGAUUUGAAGCGGCAUAUAAUUUCAGUACACACAAAGGAUUACCCUCACAAGUGUGAUAUGUGUGAUAAAGGCUUUCAUAGGCCCUCAGAACUGAAAAAACAUGUGGCAGCCCACAAGGGUAAAAAAUUGCACCAGUGCAGACAUUGUGACUUUAAGAUUGCGGAUCCGUUUAUUCUAAGUCGCCACAUUCUCUCAGUUCACACAAAGGAUCUUCCAUUCAGGUGUAAGAGAUGUAGAAAGGGGUUUAGGCAACAAAAUGAGCUUAAAAAACACAUGAAAACACACAGUGGCAGGAAAGUUUAUCAAUGUGAGUACUGUGAGUAUAGCACUACAGAUGCCUCAGGCUUCAAACGGCAUGUUAUUUCUAUUCAUACAAAAGACUACCCUCACCGUUGUGAAUACUGCAAGAAAGGUUUCAGAAGGCCUUCAGAGAAAAACCAGCACAUUAUGCGGCAUCACAAAGAUAUUGGGCUGCCUUAAAGUCUCUUUUACAGACUUAUGGCUUGGAGUUGUAAAGGAUAUUGCUUUUCAGGCAGUCAGCUUAUUUUAAAGCCAAUCACCUGCGAUCACAAAAAAAUAAAAAAAUAAAAAAUACUGUGCAUUUGAUUUAUUGCUGUAUACAAAUAGGAUUAUUGCUUCUAGUUGACUUUUAUACAUUUUGUUCAAUAGCGUGUUCUAAAUUCUAUUCAGUUUGUUUAAUAAAUGAGGAAAAGAUGGCAACAAUAAAGUUGCAUUUAAUAAAGUAAA